AUGUUUUUGCUUGUUUUAGCAAUAGUGGUGUUGCCUUGCAUAUCGGCAGUCGAAAUUGGAGAAUCAAAAAAGUUCCAUUUGUUCCAAAAUCAAAAUUCUGAAACACCAAAAUGCAUCGGGGAGUGUUCAUUCAUAAAUCUUUAUACAAAAUUACCUCAUGAGGAAUGUAAUAAAUUUUGCAAAUGCAUUUUGGGACACUUAAGAGUAAAAAAGUGCCCAAAAAAUAAGCACUAUUCAACCGAGUCAAAACAUUGUGAAUUAACGAAUAUUGCUAAAUGUGAAGAACGAAAAGGAUGUGUGGGAACGUGUCCCGAGAAAGAUUGGCCUCAAGUCGCUCAUGUUUUACCUCAUUCGGACUGCAAAAAGUUUUGCAAGUGCCAAAAUGGUACUGCUAUGAUCAGAGAUUGUCCGUAUGACUUUAAGUUUAAUAUUGAUCAUGGAAUUUGCUAUCCGCUUAAUGAUACUAAUUGCUUUUCGGAUGGAAAUGUUACUACAACUACUCCAAAAUUCAAAGAAUCAUGUAUUGGUUCAUGUCCUCCAAAUUCUGAUGAUUUGGUUUAUUUGCCUCAUGAUAACUGUUCAAAAUAUUGCAUUUGUAUUGAUGAUCAGCCAAUUGAGCAGCAAUGCAAAAAUAAUCAACAUUUUUCAAAAGAGCUAAACAAGUGUGUAACACCUGCUGAAGCUAAUUGUCUAUCAGAUGCAAAUAUUACGACAACUACUCCCAAAUUUGAAGAGUCAUGUAUCGGUUCAUGUCCUUUAAAUUCUGAUGAUUUGGUAUAUUUGCCUCACGAUAACUGUUCAAAAUAUUGCAUUUGUGUUGAUGACAAGCCAAUUGAGCAGCAAUGCAAAGAUGAUCAACAUUUUUCAAAAGAGUUAAACAAGUGUGUAACACCCGCUGAAGCUAAUUGUCUACCAAAUUCAUGUAUCGGUUCAUGUCCUUCAAAUUCUGAUGAUUUGAUUUAUUUGCCUCAUAAUAACUGUUCAAAAUAUUGUAUUUGUGUUGAUGAUAAGCCAUUGGAGCUGCAAUGCAAAAGUGACCAACAUUUUUCAGCUGAGUUAAAUAUGUGUGUAACACCAGCUGAAGCUAAUUGCAAAAUUCAAACCAUCUCUUCAAAGACUUGA